UCCCUCACGUGAUCAGGAGCCGACGUGUGCAGAAGUCCCUCUCCUCCAGGUACCAGCUCCCUAUUUCCGUGGAAGAAGAUAGAUUUCAGACUGAGGGACAGAGCGGGCAUCUGCCCUAUAGCCCGGCAGGGUUAUCGCAGAAAGAAAUGUGAGGAAAAGAAAGCAUCUCCCUGCGAAGACUACAAAUCCACCGCCGCCUGCGGACCUCUGAGGUCUUCGGGUCUGUGGUUGUACGCACCAACCCAGGCAAGAAGAGGAAAGACGUGCAAGCUCAGUUCAGGACAAGCGAAGGAGGGGACAUCUCAACAUGGAAAAACUCUACAGUGAAAAUGAAGGAAAGCUGGAAAGCAAGGGAAAGACAAUAGAUGAAGUAGAUACAGAAGAUGAAGAAAAGUCAGAUGAGGAGGAAAAGCCCGAAGUGGAGGGGAAGCCAGACCAUGAGGGAAAGCUUCAGGACGAGGGACAGCCAGAUGACGAGGGACAGCCAGAUGAUGCUGGGGAGCAAGAAAAGCUGGGCAAGUCUGAAGAUGAGGGAAAAGCACGCAGUGAGGGCAAGCCGGAACCCCAGGCAAAGUCAGGGAGUGAGCCGAGGGCUGCCGAGAAGCGCCCGGCUGAAGAUUAUGUGCCUCGGAAAGCAAAACGAAAAACAGACAGGGGGACGGACGAUUCCCCCAAGGACUAUCAGGACGACUCACAGGACAGGCACGUGGGCAGUGAGGAGAUGAGAGAAUGUGGAGAUGUGUCAAGGGCUCAGGAAGAGCUAAGGAAAACACAGAAAAUGGGUGGUUUUCAUUGGAUGCAAAGAGAUGUGCAGGAUCCAUUCGCCCCAAAGGGCCAACGGGGUGUCAGGGGAGUGAAGGGCGGAGGUAGGGGCCAGAAGGACUUAGAAGAUGUACCAUAUGUUUAAUGCCCUUGGCCUUCAUUUCUGAUGAGAGAGUAUUGCUGACCCUGCUUUCCCUGGCAGGUAUUUGCCAGGCCAUGUGCUUUAACUUUAAGCUGAUAGUUUGCUUUAGGUGUCACUCUUGUUGGCAGCAGCCUUUUGAUCCAACUACAGCACUCUGUUUCAGUAGGGGAUUUCUACCCAUGUGCAUGGAAGAGAUGUUCAUGGUACAUUGUAAAAUAAUAAUAAAAAAAUCAGUUUUCAGAACCGCAUAUACAGCAUCAGCCCAUUUUUGAAAAAAAAAGAAAAGAAAAGAAAAAGUUACAUAAUACAUCCAUGCACAGGGAAAACUAUGAAACUGAGUAGACCGAAAGAGAAAUAAUGGUUUUCUCUGUGUGGUGACAGGAGAUUAUUCUUUCUCUCAUCUGUAAAUUUUCCCCUAAAAAACACGUUACUUUUGUCAUAAAAUAAAUAAUAAAAUAUUUUUAAACAUAGGAAAAUACAUACCAAGCAAUCAAAAUAACUGUUCAGUGAGUUUAUGAAGGCAGUGGAGACACUUCAAAUUCAGGUUGUCAGGAUAUGCAAUUAUGUGUAAAACUCACAUUUCCUCUGGGACUUGAAGCUGGAGGAAUCAACCAGGCAGUUAUUAUGGAUCCAUUGCUGUAAGGGACAGUCUUGUCAUCCGUGAAAUGGGGAUACAACUUGCUUUCCAGGGCUGGCAAUAUCAGAUGAGAUACCGAGAGUGUGAGCUGUGUUGGGCUGGCUCCUACCUCUCCCCUGUACUAGCAGGACUGGGAUCCUGUCAGAUAUUUGGAGGAGGGUGAGGGAGUUCUCACCUGUGCCCAGGAAUAAGUCCAGAGAGCUGAGAGGUGGGUGCCAUUCUCUCUUGGGUAAUGCCAUGUCUGAUGGACACUGUGCCUCUCCUCAUGGGCCCAGAACCCUCCUAAGGGCCCAAUGCUCCUGAUGGGCUGGAAUCCUCAAGGAAACAAAGCCCCUUUGAUUUCCUUGGAUACUCUGGUGAGUUGAAUCCCCAGUAUAUUCCCUACUGAACUGUGGAGAAGUUCCCUCAUCUCAUGUUAUAGUUUUAUUAAUCCUGACAUGAAAUGUGGAAAAAUGUUUUGUAAAAUAUUUAUUAAUAUACUUUUCAGGCAUUAUAAUUAGCCCACUAGACUUGCCCUUUUCAACGCAAAGAAUUUAUCUUAAUCAUUUUGGUACCCACAACACAUAAUAGAAGCUUAAAAAAUCAAUACAUUAAUUAUCAAGUCAGAAGGCCUCAAUUCUUGGCCUAGUUCUUGACCUGAUUGAAUACAUCACCUUGAACACGUCAUUUCAUUCUUUAGCAACUGAAACUUGCCAUUCCAAAAGGAACACAGCAGAUUAUACCAAAAUGCAUUGCUAAAUGAUUUUAACAUUGGAUAUAGUAGUGUUCUUCAAAGUUUUCUAGCUACGAGCAGAUUAUGUGGACCCAAAUCACCUGCCUAUCUUGAAAAAUGAAGAAUACUGGCUCUCACCUCAGAUCCAAUAUAUCAGAAUCUCUUUUGACCAGUCCUUAUAAUGUCUGUGUGUUCAUUCUUUGUUUUUAAUGCUUUUUAAUUUUUAUCAAAUGGAUAUAUGUAUAUAAUUAAAAAAUGAAACAGUGUAAAAGAAUUUAUUAUUAAAAACUGCAAUCUGUCUUGCCAUUCCAUGUUCCCACUCUCCACAGACAACUACCAUAAGUGUUUUUGGUGACUUCUACUAUUUACCUCCAUACUUCUGAAUAAUAUGCUUAGGUUGCUAUUUCUUUUUUUUCUUCCUUUAAGACAGAUUUAUUGAAAUGUAACUCACAUACCACAAAAUUUACCCUCAAAAUUGUUCAACCUCAAACUGGAAUUCAGUGGUUUUUAGUAUUUUAACAGAGUUCUGAAACCAUCACCAUUAUCUGGUUCUAGGACAUUUUAAUCACUCUAAAAAGAAACCCCAUAACCAUUAGCACAUAAUAGUGUUUGCAUACCCUCUUCCCCGCAGCAUCUGGCAAACGCUGAUCUAUUACUUUCUGCCUCUAUGGAUUUCCUUACUCCAAACAUUUCAUAUAAAAGGCAUCACACCAUGUAUGGCUUUUUCUGUCUGGCUUCUCUCAUGUAGCAUAAUGUUUUCAAGUUUCAUCCAUAUUCUGGCAUGUAUCAGUACUGAACAUUCAUGUACUUUUUUUUGCCUUUUAAAAUAAACUAUUGAGAAGUUAAAAUAUAAAAUUUACAAAUACAGCAGUGAUGGUUCUGCCUUAAUUUAUUAUGUAGACAAACUCAGAGCAUGCUAAUGAUUAUGUCCAAAUUUGCUUUAACUUCGUUUGAAUGCUUUGAUUUAUUUUAUGAAGAGGUACUCUAAGUUUAUUUGUUCUGUGUCUGGUUUAAAGAAAACACAAGUGUGUAGUAUUUGACAUUAUAGUUAAUAAUUUUUGUUGGA